UAGGGAGGCAGCCGGCCGUUCCGCCUCGGAUGGCUGCUAAGCAAGGACUGCCCACCUUGGCCCUGCGGGUCCUGGAAGAAGCGAUGGGCAUGGGCUUGACGGCUGCUCGGGACACCGCGGAGGCGGUGGCCGCCGAGGGCGCCUACUACCUGGAGCACGUCACCGUAACUGAGGCAUCUGAAGAUGAUUAUGAAUAUGAAGAGAUACCAGAUGACAAUUUUAGCAUUCCAGAAGGUGAAGAAGAUCUGGCAAAAGCAAUUCAGAUGGUCCAAGAACAGGCUACAGAUACUCAGAUUUUGGAGCAGAAAACAGUCCUUCCUUCAAAGCAACCAGUACCUGAAGUAAUAGAAGACUUUCUCUGCAAUUUCCUAAUCAAAAUGGGAAUGACCAGAACUCUUGAUUGUUUUCAGUCUGAAUGGUAUGAGUUAAUACAGAAGGGACUAACUGAACUUAGAGAUCUUGGGAAUGUUCCAGAUGUCUACACCCAGAAUAUGCUUUUAGAAAAUGAGAACAAAAAUUUGAAGAAAGACUUGAAACACUACAAACAGGCAGCUGACAAGGCUAGAGAAGACCUGCUGAAAACUCAAAAAGAACGUGAUUUUCAUCGAAUGCACCACAAGCGAAUAGUCCAGGAAAAAAACAAGUUAAUUAAUGACCUCAAAGGGUUGAAGUUACAUUAUGCAUCUUAUGAACCAACUAUAAGGGUGUUACAUGAGAAGCACCACACUUUACUGAAGCAGAAAAUGCUGACCUCUCUGGAAAGAGACAGAGCAGUUGGGCAGAUUUCUGGGCUUCAAGCAACAUUGAAGAAUAUGGAAAUAGGGCAUAAUUACCAUGCUUCUGAAAUUAGAGUUGUUCCUAACCAUGAAAAAGAAAAUGCACUGGAAGGUCCUACUCAGAAAGGUCUUCGUGAAGCCAGGGAGAAAAACAAAAGUAACACAAAGAUAAAAGAUAAUACAAAGGCCUCCUUCAACAGAAAUCAAGAAGGAGCCUGUGAGCUCAGUGCAGGAUCAACACUCUGUCAGACUCCAUACCUCUUCCAUCAGCGGGAGUGGAGAGAGAACACUCAAACUUGGAGUAAGACCACACCUCUGCUGGACACCAUUGGCAGGAGACAACAGAGUACCCGAGCACAUAGAAUAAGACCACACAUAUACAGGACAUGGUUUUGUCAGCAGGAGCCAAAUGAGAGCUUCUGAGCAACACAUGUUUCUGUCCUGCUCUUCUCUAAUCCUCUCUUUCUGUAACGGUGUGCUUUUUAGUCUUUAUGAGGAGCUCAGGACUCCCAGGUCAUUUACUCCAGAAUACUAAUUCUCCCUAAAGUUCCUUAUAUCACUUUCUCUGAUCCAAUCUCUUCUUACUUUUCCUGACUCUGAAACUUUUUCUCUGUACUGUUUGCAACUCAAGAUAACUGGUCAGCAAAAUCCUCUGUAUUUUUAACUUCUACUGUGAAUGUUACCUUCCCCUUCUGUGCUAAUGGGAAUUUAGCUUUUCCCUAGUUAUAAUUUUCCUGCAGACAGUGGUUACUAGUAAAUAUAACAAUCAGUUCUUUGGAAGAAACACCUUGAUUUGUAGUGUUUUCCAGUUUCUGUGCUAUAAAUACAUCAAAGCCAUUCAUCUACCAUCAUAAUUUACCAAAUGUGUAGUUGGGAAGUUAUGUCCACAGUCAACAAUCAUGAGCUAAUAUGAGCCAGCUCCAGCUCACCCUGGCCUGCGGCACUUCUAAAGGGGAACUUUUCUCUAUUCUCCACUCAACUAUAACAUUGGACCUGGAGGUAAGAUAAGUGUCCCCUAUGCUUCUCAUUUCUGCUUUCAGUCCCUUUCCUCUCCUUCCUUCAUGAAAAUACUCUGUCUUAACUCUCAUAUCAUCAGAUUGUCCUACUCACUAUAACUUUUUAAUAAGGCACUUCUUCUCAGGUUUUUUUUUUUUUUUUUUUUUUGUAAAUUAAAUCCCUGUGACAUUGUUACUUUCUUAAGAAUGAUACCUGCUAGAAUUCUUCAUGACUCUGGACUUUCAGUUCCUUGAUAGCCUCUCCUUUAGGGAUCCUAUUCUGUUCUCAGUCACUCACUUUAUGGUUAUUUCCUAGGCCUUGAUAUUGGCAAGAGCUGCCAUAAUUUUUAAUUUCUUUUGCUGUUUGAACCUCAUCUUCCCAAUCCCUGCAUGUUGAGGUGUUCCAGACUUCAGUUCUGGGCCUCUUCCAUUUAUUGCCAUGACUCUCUAGGUGAUCUCAUCCAGUCUCAUGGUUUUAAAUUACCCAUGUGUUAACAACUCCUUAAUUCACAUCUUAGACUGAGAUCUCUUUCUGAACUCUUGUUUUAUAUGUCCAACUGCAUACUCGACACAUGCAAUUAGAUAAUUAAUUCCCCUCUCAAGCUCUAUCUUUUGGAGUUUCCUCCAUCAUAAUUACUGGGAACUCCAUUCUUCUAGUUACUUAGGAGGAAAGUUCCAUCUUUCCUUUCCACUAACACUGUUGCCCUCUGUUAUUUUGUUUUUGUUUUUGUUUUCGUCACCUCUAGUUUGAACUAUUACAAUAGUGUCCUAACUGGUCACUCUGCUUUGUCUUUGUUUUCUUUCAGUCUUCUUUGAACACAGAAGCCAAAGUGAUUUUCUUAAAUCGUAAGUCUUUCUGGGGCACCUGGGUGGCUCAGUCGGUUGGGUAUUCAACUUUGGC